AUACUCUACAAUGCCCUCAACAAAGAAGAACCCCAUCCCUAUAAAGUUAGAAUCGUUAGAUGGAUCCUAGAAAUCCAUCAUGGAAGUCCAACUAAAUCGGACGGUUGGUAAGGAAUCCCAAGUGAUUCGACCUUUUUUUUUUAAUUUUAAAAAUGGACCCCACCUCAAUUGGAACGUUGAAACCAACCAAAAGGGUAAAAAGGAACAAAAGCUCAGCACUCUCUCUCUCUCUCUCUCUCUGUCUCUUCAGAGUCAAUAAGACCGUUGCAAAAUCAAAUUUUUAAUUGCACAAACUACAAAAAACCCCAAGAAGAAACUGCAAAAGCUACUGAUCGAUCAAUGCUCUGUCCCAAACCGAAACAGAGCAAGCAACAUAGCCAAGCCUCAAAUCCAUCAACAAUGGCAGAGACAAACGGCCCCCUGCGACAAACCCAGCAGCCAAAUCCGACGCUCCAAUCUAUCUUCCACGGCCUCGACCCCGUAUCUCUAAUCCUCUCUCAGAAUUCAAACCCCGACAAACCCGUUCCUCUCACACUCAUCACAGAGAGCUUCAUCAUGGAGAGAGGCCCCAGAUACCGAGCAUACGCAGAACUGCGAGAAUCAAAGCUGAGAAGGAAGCAGAUAAGGGAACAAGAACCGGAAGAAUAUGAGCCAAAAAUGACCCCUCCGAAGAAACAGGUCAAAUUUCAAGCGAAUUUGGUCUCUAGGCCUAAAGGGUCCUCCGUUCUUGCGCAGUCGGUGCCAGAUUUCUCAGCGGCAUUACGAAAAGAGAACAGGAAGCCGGUGACGACGCUUCCUCCGAUGCUGGAGAUGACGCCGCCAUCAAAGAACUGGUCGAAAGUUAACGGAGUUCUGUCGAAUGCGAGAGGGAGCAAGUCGGCAAAUGCAGGGGAGAAGAGGGGUGGAUUGAUGGCAAGGAAGAGCUAUGCAAGCGUUGAGGAAUUGAAGGGGCUCUCUUCGGCCGCAGCGAAUGCGAUUACUGGUGAAAACAGGAGAGGGAGGAGCAGCAGAGGGGUGGGGAAGACUGUUCUGGGGUACAGACAGUUUUGAAUGUGAUGGUGGUGGCGGCGGCAGCGGCGGAGCUUGAUUUUAUACAGAAUUUGUAAGCCAUGUUACUUGUUUUUUGAUUGAAAUUGGAUUUGUUUCACGAGCAUUUUAGAGUAAUGUUCCACUGCUUACUCCAGAGGUUGAAGAAGGAUUUGUUUUCUAUUUUUUUUUUAAAUUUUUUUUUCCCCUAUUACUUCUCUGGAGGUAACUAUAGAAUAUAUGAUUGUAACAUACAGGAGAUUUGAGAUUUGAGAACAUGGUUGUUCUUUUCUAUUUUCUGUAACUCAAAAGUUUGCAAGGAUUUUUGAUUGCACUA